GUCGCUAUUCGUCCGGUUCGGACACCUGCACAAGAAUAAACUGGUUGAGCUGGGUGGAUUCCAAUUCCUGCCCUUUUUGACAACCUACAUUCACCUAUCCUUUCUCCACCUUGUUGCCUCAGCUUGGUUGGGACACCGCAGAUUUCACCUUGGCACCCCGCACGGCCUGGCGCCGGGUGCAUCCGCCAUGGCAAUGAUGGCAGGCCAGGACGCACAAAAGGGACAGGAGCUCAGCGAACUGAAACUGAAGGUUCAGCAGGGAGAUAACAUGCCGGCCAAUUGGUGCAGCUUUGAUGUCCACCCUAGUGAACCAUGGAUUGUUGGUAGUUCUCCGAAUGGAGAAGGCUAUAAUUUUGGAGUGUGGAAUUACGAAGAUGGGCAGCAUGUUAAGGGCAAAUUCAGUGAAUACGAAAACACAGCAAGAUUCCUUGGCCAAGAAAAUCGGUUUGUGGCCGUAGUUGGGAAGAACCUGCAGUUGAUUCUCUAUGAGAUCUUGACAACUUCUGGCAAUCGCAUGCGAGAAAUAAAAGAAGUAAGGGAACUCAUGACACUCACUGGAGAAAAAAUUUGGGAUGUGCAUUCCACCGGCCAGUGCGUGUUAUUGGUUGGGCAUCUGCGUGAUUCGUGUAUUUGGGGAGUUGCAUUUACAGGGGGUAGGGGGAAGAAUGAUAAAGAGGGAUCUUCACAUGAGAUUCACUUUUGGGAUUUAGACCACGAUUUGCACCGCAUGAAAAAAUUAUGGGAAACACGGCAACGGUAUUGUUCAAACUUACAUUCUCUUGACCCACAUAUUUUUGCUACUGGGGUUUGGGAAGGGGAUAUCCAGAUUUGGGAUGCUGAAGCCAUGGCUGUUUUCAAGACAUUCAAAGCGGAUAGCAGACUUCACAAUAUACAAUUUUGCACUAGGCCCCAGAAGCCGCUUAUCAUCACGAGCCAUGGAUCUGGCAAGGUACAAAUCUGGGAUUACCAGAGAAAAGAAUGCCUGAUCACCCUGGAUGCACAUGAAGACUCUCUAUGGAAAGCUUUCUUCCAUCCAGAAUUACCCUAUGUCUUGACUGUAUCCGGGGAUUGGAGGGACAGAUCCAUCAAGGCCUGGAGAGAUUCAGAUUAUCAGUUAGAAAAGAGGUUCUCCAUUGACAUGACGGGAUGGUUUACAAUUAUCCAUCUAUUCAGGAAUGGCAGCCUCCUUCUGGUAAAGAACAUGCAAAAAUUGAAUUUCAUUACGAUAGAGGGCGUGUGUCCCAAGCUCGAGUUAAAGGAUGUGGAAAGGAUAAAGCAACCAGAGACCCGGUUAAGCACUUGGAGGCAAGAAAGGGGAGCACUUGAAGAGGGGCUUAAGAAACAGAUACAAACACAUGUGCAGAGGAUAAAGGAGCUUGAGGCAGAGGUAAACACUGUGCGGAUGGAGAGGCAGGCAUUAGGAGAAAAAUUUGAGGGAUUCCUGUUAGAGCAUGAGAGGGAAAAAGCAUUGCACUCAAAGAGAGUCAAGCAACUAGAGACUGAGUUGAGCACUGAGAGGGUGGAGAGGAGGGCACUCAAAGAGCGGUUUGAGAGAGAGACACAAGCACAUGCACAAAGGAUAAAGGAAUUUGAGACUGAGGUAAGCAACGUAAGGAUGGAGAGGCAGGCAUUAGGAGAGAGAUUUGAAAGAUUUCGAUCGGAGCAUGAGAUGGAAAAAGGCAUCCACUCAAAGGAGGUCAAACUACUUGAGAAUGAAAUCGGCAACCUGUUGUCCGAAAGGGAGGCACUCAAAGAGAGAUUUGAGAAAUCAAAGCUCGAGAUUCGUGAUUUGGAAUGCAGGCUGGAGAAGGAAAGAGGUGCAGGUGAGGGAGUGGAAAGGUCUGAUGGAGUCACAAUAGGGGUUCCAGAGGUGGACAUGCACCCAUUUAGAGAGUUUUCGGGGGAUGAGUUGAAGACUGCCACAAACGACUUCAGUGAUAGCUGCAAACUCGAAGAGCGACAUUACGGAUGUGUGUACGUGGGAAGGAUCACACCGGUCGUAGUGAAGAGACUUGAGGUUGCAAAUGGCAUGACGCAGGAUAAGCAUGCUCAAGUGACGAGGGAGCUUGUGGAACGGUUGAAGUCUCUUCCACACCCGCACCUGCAGAACCUGCUUGGAGUGUGCUAUGGAGAAAGCUGUCUGGUGUACGAGUACAUGGCCAAUGGAAACUUGAAAGAUUGGAUCUCCCCUUCAAGAAGGUCACAACAGGGCUUUCUCCCAUGGUACAUCAGGCUGCGGAUAAUGGCUCAGGUUGCCCAAGCUCUUUCUUUCCUUCAUUGCAACCAGUCUUUGAGAGGUGGUCCCAUCGUCCACUGCGCCAUCAAGCCGGAAAACAUCUUCCUGGAUCAUAGUUUCGUCGCUAAAAUUGCAGAGGUGGAUAUGGCCUUGCUUGGACCAGUGCUUACCGAAGGUGGCGAAUCAUCAGAGGGACAUCGGUUCCCUGGAACGGAUGCAAAAUACAUGGCGCCAGAGUUCUUCCAAACGGAGGUUUUCACUCAGAAGACUGACAUUUAUGCAUUAGGUAUCGCCAUAUUGGAGAUGCUCACCGGAAAGUUCAGGAAUGCAUUGGGAAUCAUGGAAGACGCGGUGGAAGAUGCUGCAACCUUCCAAAGUACCUUGGACCCAAAUGCAGGAAGUUGGGACGUGGAUCUGGCAAUGGAAGCAGCACAAGUGGGUCUGAGGUGUGCCAAUCCAAACAGACGGCUCCGGCCGAGCAUGAUGACAGGUGAAGGUGCCAUUCUGCCUGCACUGGAGAGUAUCGCUCAGAAAGUGGAGCUUGCUGACUCUAUCGAGGACAUACGGAGGAUGAGCUUUUGUGAGUAACUCGUUCUCAGCGCUGAAGGGUAGGGUUGAGGACGAGAUGACUCAAAGGAGGAGUUGAACCUUCAUAAUGGUGUUGCCGUGCUCUCAGUUUUCAGCGUACUAAGUCUACACAAAUGGAUCAUGUUGCAAGUCCUACGGUGUCAGUUGCUUAUGGUGUGAACUGUGAUUCCACUUGACAUAGAAGAAUGUCUCCAGGGGAAAUUACAAGAACUGAAUAUUUGUCAAUCAUGAUAGCUUUGUUGUUUGCCUCAGAUAAAACCUAGGGCAUUCU